AUGAACUUCUUGUCCAAGACUUUCAGUACGUUGACAGGUAGUUCAAUACCCUAUACAUUGAAAGAAAAGGUUGCCGAUCCAUUAAGUGGGUUCCCUAAUAACAGAUCAAUAUGGACUGUUUACAAUGGUAGUAAUCCAAAACAAAAUAAUAUGGAAAUAUCGAUAUUUGAGUUCAAUUUGAAAGAUCCAAAGAAUUUGAGAGAUGGCCAUGACCUUUUGGCUAGAAACAGUUUCAAGAAGUUGAGAUCAAUUAAAUUUCCUGGGAUCAUCCCAAUUAUAGAUUUCAUUGAAAAUGAAAAUUUUCUUUAUAUUAUCACUGAACGGUUACAACCUCUAUAUGACUAUCUCAUAAACAAUAAGGAAAGGAUAUCGACUGACGCGAAGCUUCUUGGUUUAUUUGAAGUGGGUCAAACCUUGGCGUUUCUCAAUCAGACUUGCAAUUGUCUACUCGGUAACCUUGAUCUAUUUACUUCAGUAUAUGUUGACAACGCGGGUAGUUGGAAGCUAUUUGGAUUUGAGUUAGCGACUAGCUUAGUUUCGGAUCCUGAGCAGCCAAUUUAUAGGCUCUCAAACAGAAUGCCCUCCUUUAACGAGUGCCUACCACCUGAUGUCUCUGAAGGAGGUAUAGAGUCGAUUAAAGCAUCCCCAAUUAAGUUUGAUUCCUUCAAAUACGGGGUCCUCAUUUAUCUCAUUUUGUCUAACCACGAUUUCAAUUCAUUAACAUCAUCUUUUGUAACCCAGCCCAAAUUGAUGUCUGCUAAACUUCCUCAUGCUAUGUUGCCGUCAUUCAAAAGGUUGAUAAACGCCAAACCCAAUUUAAGAAUCACCAUUGGAAAUUUUCUCAAGGAGACAGCUUCCUUUUUUGAAAGAAAUACCUUAAUCAAAUUCGAUAAACAAUUGGAAGAGGUAAAAUACAAGAGCAAUGAAGAGAAAUUAGAGUUUUUUAGAAAUGAGCUCUCACUGGUUCUUGAUGGCAAUGACGAAUUUAAAUUUCCUCCAGGGUUAUUGGAAAAUAGGCUAAUACCACAGUUGAUUGAUCAAUUUAGAAUCCUUUCUAAAUCUGAAGUCAAUUAUCCUUUUGCGCAAGAGGCUUUAGGAACAAUUUUGAAUCACUUACUUAAAUUUGGAGCUUCUUUACCAGAGUCUUCCUUCAAUAAACUUUUAAAACCGACAAUUUUGCAAGCAUAUGCAUUGCCAGAUAGAACUAUCAGGCUCACUCUAUUGGGUCACUUGCCUUCCUACGUAUCUUUUUUAACAGAUUUUGAAGUUCAGCAAAACAUCUUUCAUAACAUGCUUAGCGGAUUUCAAGACAGUAAUUUUGUUAUACGAGAAACAACUUUAAAAUCCAUAACGGAGAUUGUUGACAAAAUAUCAACCAAGCAGGUGAAUCAAGAUUUACUAAAGAUUUUGGCGAAAUCACAGAUGGACCCGAAGCCUUCAAUAAGAGUUAAUACGCUAGUGUUAAUUAUUAAGAUUUCAGAUAAGAUAUACAAUAAUUCAAGGAAUAAUGUUUUAAUAACAGCAUUGUCUAAGUCAUUACGUGAUUCGUUUGUGCCUUGUAAACUAGCUGCAUUGACAGGAUUUGAAUCCUUGAUUAAUGUUUUUUCGUUAGAUGAAAUUUGCGGAAAAAUCUUGGGCCACUUAGCGAUAGCUUUAAUGGAUCCUAAAUCACAAAGAGUUAGAUCUGAGGCAAAGAGAGUUUUUUCUUUAUAUUUUCAAGCCGUCGAAAGGAAUGCAUCAAAUUUGCCAACAGCAGAACCCGAUGAUGAAGAUGAAGAAAAAGAGUUUUUUAGAAAGUAUGCUCCAAGCACAAUUCCAGAGGCAGAGAAAACAAGUGCUGCUCCAACAGCACUGUUCGGAUGGAAUAUAGUCAACAAGCUAGUUUCAGCAUCAGCAGUUGAAGGCGAAAUGAAUAAAGAGUUCAACUCCUCUACGCCCGAUUUGACGCGUUCCACCACUCCAGACCAACAUAGAGCAGCACGGGAAACCCAUAGAAACAUUCCCCCUAAACAAAAACCUACUCCAAUUGUCAACUUCGAUGAAGACGCUUUUGACGAUGGUUGGGGUAUGGACUCUGAAGAAGAGCCUUUACAGCAAUCGAUAGAGUCACUAAGCGUAGCCGAAGCUACAUCACCUUCGAAUUUUAGGGCGCCAGCACGGCCCGAGCACCAGCCAUCGGCUCCAAAGAAACCUACGGCAAGAUUAAACAACGUUAGGCAACAUUCAAAGUCCCAUGGCCUAAAACUUGAAUCUCGUAAGGCCAAGAAACCAACAUCGGCCCUAAAACUCAACUUAAUUGACAACGAUGAUCAGGAAGAUAAUUGGGAUAGUGGGUGGUAA